AUGGCUGCGCUCGCGAGGUGGAAGACGUUUCUCUCCGUUUUCAGGAGUAGUUUCCGUGUGGUCCUGAGUGAUGUGAAACCUGCCGUCUGUAGAGUAGGAAGCAGAAGUGCCACGGUCAGGACUGUGGCCUCAAUCGCCGCAGGAGCUGCAUUCUGUGCCGUACCGUUCAAACAGGUGGAGGACCUAUCGCAUGAAUCCCUGAUCAGAAGAGCCGCCUCCCUGGUGACGGACAGCUCCAGCACCUUCCUGUCUCAGACCACGAUAGCUCUGAUCGAAGCCGCCGCGCAGUACUCCACGGUAGUGCACUCGCUGGUUGAUCUUCAGAGGAGAUACUUGAACUCUUUGGGGAAACUGAGUCAAGCCGAUGAGGACGCAGUGUGGCAGCUGAUCAUCGCACAGAGAGCUCAGGUGUCGGCAUUGGCGCAGUACUGUGAGCGCCUGGAGCAGACCUGGGCCAGUGCAGUGCGUGUGUGUGAGGCGUCCGCAGAAGCAGCCUUCUCCUCAGGAGCAGACCACGCCGCCGUCACCAUCAGGACAAACCUGGAGCUGUCCCAGACACAGGUGCAGAAGGCGCGCUCUCGCUCCACAGCCGCAGACAGACUCUUGACUCAGACCAAAGUCCUGGAGGUGCAGCGUGUACAGCCGCAGCAGGAGGAGCAGCAGGAGGAGCAGCAGGAGGCGCAGCAGGAGGAGCAGGAGGAGGUGCCCGACGCGUACCUCAGAGAAGACUAA